UCUCAUGACAUUACAAAAUUCCCAUGCAAAUAUCUUAUCUCUAACAUCUGAUGCUACCCCCACAGCAGACUGGCCUACUAUUUCAUUUACACACACGCGUGCCAACCAGACACAGAAAGCCAACAGAUGCACAAGUCAUACACCAGUCAGUGGCUUACAUGAGGCCAAGUUUACAACCCAGCAACACAACACAACUGAGUUUAAUUGUAGUUAAUCUGCUGGAGCGUGCCAUUAUUUUACCUGAGCGACUCAGGCUUAAAGCCCUGGCACGUGGCAGAAAGGCAGCAGGCAGCUGACAAUCUCCAUAAAUAGAGUGAGAGGCAGAGAAAGAGGUGACAGAGGGAGGGGACAGCCAAUAGAACAACACUUUAUGGUUGAAGCACAGAGGACAGAUAAAACUCUCAGUUAAUGAAGUUUUCUAAACAUAUGUAAGCAGAUAUUCAUGAACUGAAGAAGAACUUAAAAAUACAAAACUGGAGAAAAAAGGAAAAAGGAUGGGGUGGAAACUUACAUGGAUUGUUCCUUUUUGGAGUGUUUUUAUAGCAAUGGCAAAUUCUCUCCAACUGCCAAAGUUUGAAGACCUAAAGGCUCACUAUCCAGGCUACAGACAUUAUGGUGGGAAGUACAGUGACACAGAACUCUACACCUUAAUAGGAAGACAAACUAAACACUGGAGACACAACACAAGCAGCCUGAGACUCUCAUAUACACUCAAUACCAUAGGAGGAAGACAUGCAGUUGUCAACCAUCUUCCCACUUACACUGUGCAAAAAAAUGAAACUAUACGUGGAAAAGACAAUCAUCGUUACAUAUUCAGAGCCAUAGCUAGUGGACCAUUCCUAGCGGCAAAAUAUGAGAGUCCUGUCAUUCUGAGGCUCCACAGUGGUGGGCCUGAUGUUAUUGCCAAAUUUCUGAUGGGUAAACAAGGUAUUGUUCGUCUGCUGACUUUCAGAGAGAGGACUCUGCAUGCUGAUGGUCAUAUGGCCCUUUGGGACUGUGACCAUUUUCAUCAAAUUAAAGACUUUUCCAGAAGCCACCAUAUCAUUGCUGUGGAAUUAUGGCAAACCCCAGAUUCUCACUGUCCUGUGAAAAAGCAGACACACAAGAAGCAUCCCAGAGUGCACAUCAACAGCACCACUUACAAGUUUAGGAGCAAGACCAGACCUAAACACCACUUCAAACACAGAGCUCAUUCAAGGCAGUGAAAACGAAAAUACACUGAUGCAGACAAUGAUAUAAACUGACCAAUCAAACUGCUCCUGGAGAGCAGACGAGAUUUGUGUAUCUUAAAAUAUGCAGAUUCUCAAUUGAACUAGUCCCAUAAUUAAAGUUCUCACACUUUACAAUUAAUUUCUUAUAUGAUAAGAAAUCAAGUACAAAGCAUUAUUGCUUAUAUGAUAAAUGAAUGAUAAAAUGCACUGUUACACACCUGUUAUUAACUUGUAACUUACUCAUGAACAGCAUGGGAGAUAAAAUUUUAUUAGCAUAUCGCCAAAGAAAUCAGUGUUGUAAAUAAAAAAAAUGGCAAUGGAGAAGAAAAUAUAUAAAACAAUUUUAUACCCAAGUAUCAUAUUUAUAGAAUUACAUGACCAACUGCAAUCUUUAAUACUAAAAUCAUAACAUUAAAGAAGUCAUUCUGUUUGUUCUGCAUCCCUUUCUGUCAUCUGACCAGAACUAUGCUAAUAAGCAUUAUUCAGUGAGUUAGGCUUCAUUCACAUGCAAUGUCUAUUUUCUAAAUUCUAUUUUCUAUUUGCGGUAUGUCUUAUGAUCAC